AGGCCUGCGAAAGAACUCAAGUCACUCUCCCAUUACUUUGAGACCAGGGAGAGAACUUCAUCCGUUAUCAAGCUUAUGAGUGAAACGCCAUCCAUAGAAGAAAAACCUAGGCAGCAGUUGAUCAGCGUUCAAGCAGACCCUCAAGCACUUAGUGAUGCUGCUCUUGCUACUAACCCACCUCGCCCAGAAUUCCGAUCUUCUGGCAAUGACGCUCUUGAUGCUUCUUACAGGAAAACUAUGGAAGUCCUUGCCAAACUUCCAGUUCGAGGAGUAAGUUAAGUUCACACAACUCCUCAGAGAAAUAAUUGCAGAUGCAGUGAUACGUGUAGUGUCAGAAGCAGAGGAACACAGGUUCAGAUCCGAAUUGGAAGGCAGUAAGCAAGGGCCGAAAUUUGACACGAAGAGCUCCAUGGCGUGUGCGCUUUCACCCAGGCAAGUCCCCGCACCAAGGGUUGAACAUGAUGCUCACAAUUCAUGCUCUAUGCACAACACGCACGGUAGAACUGCUGCAAUAACCCUAGAGGAGUCCUCAAAGAACAAGUCUUCGAGGCAGAGAAGACCAAAUUCCAAGAAACCUCUAGGAAAAAAAAAUAGUAGCUCACUGCAUUUGAUUUCCAGCCAAAGGUCUGACGUUACCUUGAAGAUCCCUGAUGAGAGGACGAUUAAAAUUUCUAGGAAUUCGAGCAAGGAGUCUUCUCCCAAGCACUGUGCUGAACAAUCAAACACGGAGAAAACGUCAAUCAUAUCUCAGCUCUCGGAAAGCUUUUUGUUGGAUUCCCGUACUUCACAUUCCAGUAGUGGUAUCGAAUUGGGGUUGACGCGGUCCAUUCAGAUAGCAACCAAGGCAGAUACCACUGCUGUAGCCAUUCCAGAACAGCCUUCACACGAAGUCUCAAAAGAAUGUCCUUUUGACCAGCCUGGCAAGCCAAAAGAUUACAAGAGUAGAGAAGACAGGCUGUUGACUCCAGGUCUAACGCAAAUGGAUCGGGAAAAGUCGCUUCAAGAUGCAGUCAUGAAAAGCGAACCUCCUAUGAACUUGGUUUUACAUGAAUGCUCGCAAUGUGGGAGGACCUUCAAGCCCGAGUCAUUGCAGGUACAUAUGCGGGGUUGUCACUCAAUCAAUAAGUCCAAGUUGUCCUCGCGGAGAAGGAAAGCAUCUGUUUAACUUCUAGAAAUCAACUCACUCUAUGCAAGAAUGCCUCCCUCAUUGACAACAAUUGUUAGUUUUUCCUCUAUCUCUGAAUUUUGCGUCCAAGUAUCUUACAACUUAGAGCUUCAUACAUGACAGCUCCCAACAAGAGAACAGAAUUGUAAGCAGCUGGCUCUUGAGCUGCUCCCACUUUCUCAUGAAUCGAACCGUGUAGUUCGGAUACAGCUCCUUUAAUGAAGUUGUCUCGCAAGGUAUUCUGUAUAUAAUGGGGCGUAACAGUCGAUUGCUUUCCUUGAUUUGAAAGGAACGGAAAGCAUCUAUUAUUGCGUA